CCCUUGCUGCAGGAGCUGCAUAUUCAGCGUGCGCGUGUGAUGGCGGGGUCUGUGAUGAUGCAGCCGUACCUGCUCGCCGGUCUGGAGAUGUCAGUGGCCUCUCGGAUCCGGAUGCUUCGAUCGUCAAGAAUCACUCUACAGAAUCUUCAGCAUUUGUCAGAGGACAAGGACAGUGUGCUACGGCUGCCUGUCUGUCAGACGACCCUUGGACGGGCGAUCAUGCGAGGGAAGGCGAAGCUGCAGCAGCGCUUGUCGCAGGACUGUAAGAUGCUGCGGGUCCCCAACCUCUAUCCCCUCCACUUCCUCAAACGGGCUCGUCAGAACAUGCUCAACAAGAUGAAGCUCAAUUCUAAGAUCCUUGCUGCAAGCUCAACACAUACCCACAGGCGCAGGCAGACUGUAGAGGACAGCAGCAGCAGAGGGAUCUUCUCGCUGGCCGCCAAGUUGAAAGACGUUAUGGCCGAGUACGGCAGGCUUGCCGCUGCCUUCCACCUCAGCGGUCUUGUGCUUACCACGGGGAUCUUCUACACGGGCCUUUACAUGGGUGUGGUGGACUUGGAGCCUUGGUUCGACAAACUUCCCAGCCAGCUCGCCGAGGGAGUGAAGAACGGGUCAGGAAACCUUGCCGCAGCAUUCGUGUUAGCAGAGUGUACAGCUCCCCUGAGGUACGGCUUGACAAUCGCCGUUGUCCCGAGGAUUGCUCCCUGGGUGCGCAACCAUUCCUUUGCGCGUCGAAUCUUCGGGCUCAAGUAAUUGGAGCCAGUGUGAGGUGUGAGCCAUGUACUUGUAUAGUUUGCGGAAUACUUGUGUUUGCAAAGAUAUUCUUUACUCUUGUUGAAAUGAAAA